AUGAGCGGAUCAAAGCUUCUGCGGUUACGGGUUCUUGCUGCUUUCAAAGAUCUACAUUUGGCUCGUCUUCAAGUUUUUAAAGGCGACGCACGCGCUUUAGAAGCUGGGCGAGCAGAAAUAAACGAAAAUUUUCGGAAGAAUCGUGACGUCACAGACCCUGAAAAAAUCGAGGAACUGAUCACUAUUGCUGUCGAUUCGGCGCAGAUUUUAAGAAAGCAUGUUGUGCAAAUAGAAGGUGUUGCAGAGAACCAGUUCAGAGCUAAUAUUACGAAAGACACUUUUAUGCUUGACAACACUGAAUACAGGGACGUAUCGGAGAAGGAACUUCUGGAUUUUAAAAAGAAAAGCAGAAAACCAAGAUCAAAGAAAACAAAAUAA